UGAAGAUGUGUCUUCAUUUCUGCCUCUGACCACUGAGACUGAAGCAGCUGACCUCAGAGCUGUGAUAUCAGUGAAACAUCUGCAGCCUCACAAUGUUUUCCAACACGACUCUGCCUCCUCCCAAGUCUAUCAAGAAUGACCAGGCGACAACUGUGGACGUUGACGCCAUCAUGGACAUGGUCUCUAUUGUCCUCUACACACUGACUGUCGUGUUUGGCAUCACAGGGAACUCUGUGGUGAUCUGGGUGGCUGGAUUCAAGCUCAAGCCAAAGGUCACUAACGUGUGGCUGGUGAAUCUGGCGAUAGCCGACCUGAUCUUCUGCUUCACACGAAUCUUCUCCCUCACUAAGAAGCUCUUUUUCGACCACUGGCCCUUUGGCAUCUUCCUCUGCAAGUUCAACGGCUUCUUCAAAUACGCCAACAUGUUCUGCUCUGUCUUCCUGCUGGCUGUGAUCAGUCUGGACCGAGCGCUCUGCAUCUGGCAGCCUGUCUUCACCAAGCGACGGCGCACCCUGUGGGCCGCGAGGGUGAUCGCCGUCUGCAUUUGGAUUGCUGCGAUCAUCUUAAGCACUCCAUACUUUGUCUACCGCCAAGUGUACCUGAAGAACAACCUGAGCAAGUGCUCAUUCGAUGUGAAGGAGAAGGAUAUUAACAACAGUGCCAAACUGGCUCUCUACUCCAUCCGCUUCCUGUGUGGCUUCAUGUUGCCCUUCAUGGUCAUCCUCAUUUGUUACAUCCUGGCAGGAAUUGGCAUCCGACGCACCCGUCUGUCGGGGAAGUCCCGGCCCCUGCGUAUAUUAGCAUCAUUAGUAGUUGCGUUCUUUCUGUGCUGGGCGCCGUACCACUGCCUCCUGCUGGUGAAGAUGGUGGACAGUAAGAACGCCGUGGUGAAGAUCUGGCACCCUGUGGCGAAAGGUGUUGCAUACUUUAACAGCUGUGUGAACCCGCUGUUGUACUUCUGCAUGGGGCUGGAAGUGAGGGGGCGGUUCAGGCAGAGUCUGGCGGGGGUGUACAGGAGAGCUCUGGCGGACGACGUGGAUGGACAGACAACCCAGUCCAAUGAACGCUCUCUGGAUGACAGCAGCGUGUCCAAACACAGCACUGUGGUGGUGGCAUCAAGGAGUCAGACAUCAGUGGAUGUAGCUAAAGUCUGAGUCUGCCCAAGAGUUUCCUUAACACAUCUUUGAGCAUUAAAGGGCUAUACUGGGGUUUUUCACGUUUUUAAGGUCACAGUUAAACACCAGUUAGAGAGUCUCUUGCUGCAUAUGAUUUAGAUCAAAUCCCUCAGAUAUGAUUGGACAGCUCAGAAGUGUGCACUGCUUAACAAAUACAGAGUGAUGGGGAGAUGUAGAGAACUGUUGGCCUCUACCUUCACCUCCAUCACCUGAGUUGUUAGGUUCACACUAUAUUUAGAAUAUUUUCACUGCUUUACCAUCAGACAGCGAUUUCAGAUGAAGAAAGCUAAGCCAUUAUAUGACUUUUGUGUUAUUGUGUGACUCUGGCAUUUAAAAUGGUUAGUUCAGAUUUACCAAAGUCACACAAUAACACAAACUAACCAAGUAAUUGUUGCAGAGGUAGACCAGCGACUCUCAUAUUUUCUUAAUGGAAUCUUGAUGAGAGCAUUGAUACAAGAACUGAAGCCCUUAUCAGCUUCCUGACUGGGCAGACGGGAUUUCUGAUGGCAAGAUAAAGGGGUGAAAAUGUUCUCAAUGUUGCAUACACUUAAACUGUUAUUUACCUAAAAAGGUGGCUAAAAUACAUUUUGUUGCAGCCCCCAUCCAAGAAAAGAAAAAUGUGCAUUUCACAAAAAACAAAAAAGUUGACGAAUUUUGUACAUAAUGGCCCAUACAUGUAAAAACCACUUGUAUGGUUCUUAAAGUCCUGAGACUAUCAUUUCUAUUGUAGCUUAGACCACUGUAUUAUUUCUUUCUCAGACUGCAGUAAAUUGUAUAGGUGCAUUUGAUAAAAAUGCAAUUAUCCAAAAGAUGAGCUGAGGUUCUAAGAGGCUUUUGGAAAUAUGUCCAAACUACUGACCAUAUAGUAAAGACACUGGUGUGACAGAUGUUGAUACACGCAGGUCAGAUUCACAUUUUCCUGUAAAGUUGUGCGGGGAUUCAUGUGAUUAAAGUCACAGAUGAAAAGUGGAACUGUGGUGAGUCUAGAGGAAUAGGAAAGAAAAGGGGGAAGGAAGUGAGACUAUUUAAAGGAAAGGCAGUAACAACUUGUGUUGUGUUCGGGGGUCAAACUGAAGGGUUGGUGAAUUGAAACUGUACAGUAGGUUUCUAUUUAUGUUUUUGUUAUAGUAAUAAAAAUUUAACCAAGAGGCUGGUCGACCAGCACAAUAAACAUCAGUCCUUAGCAAAUGGCUCAUAAAAUACAUCUGCACUUGCUCCGUAUAUUACUGACACAUCACUAAGAUACACGUCUGUGCAAUCAGACUGUGUAUCUUGAACUCAGUGCUCUUUAGGUUUUAUGGUAUUUUUGUCCUACUGUGUAAAGUAGCUGCAGUAUCAUACUGAAUGUUAUGAAGAACACAGUGUUAACACUUGGAUUUAAAUUUCACUGCAACAAUAGAUAUUAAGCUCAGUCCUACUUUUUUGUUGUAAAUUUCUUUAAGACACGAUAACAUGACUUUGUAAAUACUGCUUUAAGAUUAUAGAGAAAAACUGUAAUGUGAAAAUAAAAGCUUUUAAAGUUGUUAGAAAUGUAAAAGUUGGCUUCAGUCAUCCAAGAUCAUAAGGUGCAAGGUCAUUAUAUUACAAAAAAAUAAAGCAUUAUAUUUCAAGUUUA